AUGUCGACUGAAGUUAUCCGCGAAACCAAAGUUCUCUUAACUCCUCUCAAUUAUGCCCUCUGGUUGUUGCCGAUGGAGGCAAGACUCUUUAGACUGAAACUUCUCAACACCGUCGAAAGUGAAGUUGAACCAGACGAAAAAGAAAAAGAAUCUUGGAUGAAACUCAACAACGAUGCGUAUCCCGAAAUCAUUGCCUACAUCGGUCAAGAAGUCCUCGGAUUCGUCAGCUCUGCUUUGCCUGUAACGCCUCGCUGCAACGGACGGGGUCAUCUGGAAACUUCUAAAAUCUCAAUAUGCCGGUGA